AUGGCACAAGCUUUUGUCUCCGCUGUUGCAGGCAUACUUGGGGACCUGCUCAUUCAGCAAUCAAUUUUCUUGGUUGGUGUGAAAGACCAAGUGAACGAUCUACGGGAUGAGUUGAUGUGGAUACAGAGCUUCUUAGAAGAUGCUGAUUCAAGGCAAGAUGAAGGCCCCAUAGUAGUGCGCACUUGGGUAUCAAAAAUUAGAGAUGCUGCUUAUGACAUUGAGGACAUCAUCGACACCUAUGUCGUCAAGGUUGUGAAUGAAGAUGUUUUAGAUUGUUCCCGAAGGAGGAGACAAUUCCUGGGUUCCCUUGAGAAGUAUGCCUGUAUUUGCCAAAAAGGUGCAAACCUUUAUACCAUAGGGAAGGAAAUUGAAGAGGUCAAAACUCGGAUCCGAUGGAUUGGUGAGGAAAUGCAGAGGUAUGGCAUUAAUAGGAAAGAUGGCGGGUCACGAGGAGGAGAUAGGAGGAGCCUUUCUCCACAAGAUAGAUUUCAGCAGUUGAGAAGAUCCUUUCCUCGAGACGAUGCUACUCUCAAAGAUAUUUUUGGGUUGGACGAAAAAAUAGAGAAAUUGGCAGCAGAAUUAGUGUGCAAGGAAGAUCAGUGCCACUCUAUUUGCAUUUCAGGAAUGGGAGGCAUUGGGAAGACAACUCUUGCCACAAAGCUCUACAAUCAUAAAGAAGUUAAGCACCAUUUUGACUGUCGUGCUUGGGUGUACGUAUCGAAAGACUUCACUGUCAAAGACGUCUUCAAGAGACUUAUAAAAGAAGUCAAGCCCAAUCUUAGUACAAAGGAAUUACAGGAGAUGGGGGUGUUCAAUGAAGAGGUAUAUUUGGAAGAGAAGCUCCGUGAGCUAUUGAGAGAUCGUAAGUACUUGGUGGUACUUGGUGACAUAUGGAACUUGGAAGCUUGGGAGAGUCUGAACAGAGCAUUUCCUCAACAAAAUAAGAAUAAAGAAAGAGUAAUUCUUACCAGCCGCAACACAAAAGUUGCUAAAGAGUGCAUCAUUCACCAUCUACAAACUCUAAAUGAAAUGGACGGUUGGAAGCUUUUUGUUGUUAAAGCAUUCAACAAUGAUGACUGCCCCACAAAUUUGGAGGAAUUGGGGAAAGAGAUGGUGAAGAAGUGUGAUGGUUUACCACUAGCUAUCACUGUGUUGGCUGGUCUAUUAAGGGGAAAGUCGCUGCAAGAAUGGUUUACAAGAGGGUUUUAUAAGGUGUGUGAAAGAGAUGAAACAAUAUUGGAAGGUGUGGCUGUGGAGUACUUGAAUGAACUGAUCGACAGAAACAUGCUUCAAGUGAGUUACGUUUCUACAGAUUUCUCCAACCUUUCUAAGUCACACCUACGUGCAGUACUAUUGUUCAACCAGGGCGAUAGAGAAUCUCUUCAACAACAGCAAUUGGAAUCCAUUUCAAAUAUCAGAUUGUUGAGGGUGCUUGACCUAUCAAAUGUUGACCUUCAAGAUGGUAUGAGAUUGCCUGAUGCUUUCGGAAAGUUGAUUCACUUGAGGUACUUGCGAUUGUCUAACACAAGCGCAAAGCUUCUAUCAUCCAUAGAGAGCUUGCGGAGCCUAAAGACCUUAGACUUAGAGUGGAGUGAAUGUCAUUGGUCUGAUAUAGCUAUUGGUGCUUUAUCCAAGCUGACGCAAUUAAGGCACUUGCAUUUCAAUUACUCAUACUGGGAUGGAUGGUUUGGACAAAAAGGUUGUUGCUUUGCCAUGAAUUGA